AUGUGGGCGUUAAACGUUCCCUGGGGCACCGAGUGCACGUUCGCGGCGCCGCGCGCGGCGUUCGACGACGGAUCGAUCGACAUCGUCCUCGUCCAAGCCGCGAGCCGUAAGAGCAUGCUCAAGCUCCUCCUCGAUUUCGAUUCCGGCCGCCACGUGAACCACCGCGCCGUGCGUUACUUCAAGGCGAAAUCCUUCGAACUCAUCCCUGGUCCGAGUUCGAGCGCCAAGUCCGGCGGAUACAUCGCCAUCGACGGCGAGGUCGCGGCGCGGCGGCACGACCCGUCGCCCGCCAUGUCGCCCUACGGCCCGCUUCGAUGCGACGUCCAUCGCGCCGAAGUUCGCGUCUUCGCCCCGACGCCCGCGAUCGAGUGA